CCAGCGUUGAAGUGUUUGCUUGUUGCGAAAGGGAAGAAGCAACAUGCACAGAAGACAGUAAAGAUGGAAGCUCGCCAGUCAAACACCAAGCCCAAGUAUGUCCCUCUGAGCAAGUAGAUACUGCCGCUAAGGCAAAUUAUAUUUAAUAUAAAUAAUUAAACGUAUUCAAGAAAGUCAUCAUCUUAGUAUAGGUUUUCUUAGGCACUGAAGAAGAAAAAAAUAAAUCCUCCGCGCUGAGGAGAUAUGGGCUAGGCAGACGCCUACUGACACGAUUUGUGCAGUUGUAUUAUUAUUAUGUUCACUGGAAGCAGCACAAUGACUGAUGGCGACUAUGAUUAUCUGAUUAAGCUCCUAGCUCUGGGAGAUUCUGGUGUUGGUAAGACAACCUUCCUGUACAGAUACACCGACAACAAGUUUAACCCAAAGUUCAUCACAACAGUUGGAAUAGACUUCAGGGAAAAAAGGGUGGUUUAUACUGCAACAAGCCCCUGUGGAACAACAGGGAAGACCUUUAAAGUGCACCUACAACUCUGGGACACCGCAGGACAAGAAAGAUUCAGGAGUCUCACGACUGCUUUCUUCAGGGAUGCAAUGGGUUUCCUGCUCAUGUUUGAUCUCACCAGUCAACAGAGCUUUCUGAAUGUCAGGAACUGGAUGAGCCAGCUCCAAGCAAACGCAUAUUGUGAAAAUCCAGACAUAGUAUUAGUAGGAAAUAAGGCAGACCUGGCCGAUCAGAGGGAGGUGCAGGAGAAACAGGCUAAGGAGCUAGCAGAUAAAUAUGGGAUUCCUUACUUUGAGACGAGUGCGGCGACAGGUUCCGAGGUGGAUAAAGCCGUCGUUACUCUCCUGGAUCUGGUGAUGAAGCGCAUGGAACAGUGUGUGGACAAACCAGCUCAGGAGACACAGAGUGGGGAAGGAAUCAGCAAACUGGAAGCAAUAUCACCCAAUGAGAAGAAAUGUGCUUGUUAGCUUUUAUCUCCAUAUUGGUUUGCUGGGUUUCCCAUAUCUGUACAGGUGCCACAGCAGAUGUAUAGUUUGAUUAGACACAAACAAACAUUCAGACAUGACAACAAACUACUUCAAUUAAUAGUCCAUUCAGAUCUUUGAUUAUUGCUAUACACAGUUGAUCCUUCCACAUUGCAGGUGUUAGGGGGUGCAGGCCCUCCCCGCGAUUUCAUAAGAAACGUUAACAUUUUUUGGUCCCCUAGAGAAGCGAAGUGAGCAUCCGUGUCGUGAAAAAAAACACGAGACAGAGAUCACUGCGAUAUCACGUGACCGGCUGCUGUAAACACACCUGGCGUUCUCCAAACCAACACUGUGCACGUAUCUUAUGCAUUUAUGAGUUACUCAUCUGUAACUUUCGUUAAACGCCCAAAAACUCCAAAAAAUAUUUUUUUUACGCCGACUUUGCUAUCGAAGCCGUGAUGGGGAAAGUUGCGAUGCAGAAGGAUCGACUGUAAAUACACCUCCUUUGCUGCCCGGCUUAAUUUCUCCACAAACUGAAUUACUGAAUUCAGUUUAGCUUUAAUGUUGUUAUUAUUUCCCCUUAUGAUUUCUGAAUGGUCAUGAAUUUUGAUCAUAAUAUGGAAAAGUGCAAAGUAAGUACUGAAGAUAAUCACAAAGAUAUCUGGAAGGUUUGUCUGACACGUGCAGUUAGUUGUUACUAAAAUGUACCGUUUACCCAUUCCAGUUAUCCGAGCUAGCUAGUAUAGCAACAGAUAAUUAUCAAUGGCUUUAAGUUCUUCGUAUUUUUAAAAAAGUUCAGGCAGAAACCCCAUAGAUCUUUUCUCAGACAUCUUGGAUUUGGCAGUAGUUAGCUUUUGUGUAUUUGCAGUUGUUUAGCAAGGGUUAUAUGUAUUUGCAUUCAACUCGCUUUCUAUUCAAUGCUUUAGGUCUGUUAUCAGUAAUAUAAAAAAUUACUGAUACAUUUUUAAAUAAGAAAUUCUAAUUCUAAUUCUUCACAUAUCAAAUUGUACACCGUAUGACUUGCAGUGAAAUGUUAUUUUUCAACACUCUGUGACUUAAAACUCAACAGUGGGAUACAUACAUAGCAGGGUUAGAUACAAUAUAUAUAUAAAAAAUACACAUAAGAGUCUAACAGUUGAGGGGGGGGGUGCAGAUGUCAUAAAGUACAGAUGUGCAGUUAUAGUAGUAUGUGCAAAUAACAUAGUACAAACAGGUAGUUCUAUAAGUAAUAAGUGGAUUUGUAAUGGGGGUGGAGUUAUUAGCCAAGUCCAGGCCUAGUGUUGCUCCGGAUAAGGAUCUGAAUGGCAGUGGGAAGAAGCUCCCCUUCAUUCUCUUUGUGUUGUCCUUCACGGAGCAGGAGCCCAUUGUUUGGGUGGCUGAGGACUUUCACUGUAUUCCUGGCCUGGGUUGCCAACUUUGGUCAGCUGGCUUGAGUGAGAUUUUCAAUUUGAGACUGCACACACUUUUACACGUACGUAAGAGUUUUAUUACCUUGUAAAUAGUCUGUAGGGUUUGCAUACUGCCCCAAUGCUUUUGGUGUAGUUAAUUUUAGGUUUAUAAUGGAAUAAUAUAGAUUUGUGUGACCGUGAGAGUCUGCAAGUGUGGCACGCCAAAUGUUUAUGGGUGGCCAAACCCUGUCAUAUUUAACUGAAGAUGUGGCAUAGCUUAUUGUUUUCCAAUUGCUAAACAUUUUCAAAAAUAUUUCCUGUUAAUUUACAAAUGAAUGUAACUAGAUUUUUUUCAAUAUCAAGUGACAGCACAAAUAGUUAUGCAUAAAUAAUAAUAAAAAAACACAUUUACUACUUUAAUGCACAAUCUAAUACAGUUUUUCUGAAUUGCUAAAACACCGAACCUCAUUCUUGGAACGAAACUGCCAAUUGUCGAAACUCAUUUAUUGAAUUAGUCACUUGUUUCGAGAAACGUUAAACAGUGCUCACCUAGUUAGACACAAGGUGCAGAUCUGAGUCACCCUUUUUGCAAAACUCUAAACGCAUCAUUCAGCAAAACACAUUUUGCAAUAUGGUGAAUAUUGAUCAAAAUAGAAAACACAGGUCACAAAAAUUAAGCACAGCCUGUACACUGUAACAAUCAUUUAAACACAAUGACUCAAAACUGUUCACACAUGUUUCUAAACAGGUGUAGAAGUCAAAUAGGGACUAGAACAUAGAAAACAUGCUGGAUGAGAGUGCAAGUGCAUCAAGGCACAAAUGGGUCACACAGAGGAUUCUUUCCGCAUCGCCCAGCAAGGGAGAGCAUUUCCUGUGAUGCAGACAAAGUUCUCUGUCCUUUGCCAGCCAUUAGACAUGGUGAUGAGGCAGAAUGAAUAUUCUUCUUUGAUCCUGGCUUUGCAGUUGCUGUGAUAUGCCGCUUAUCUGGAUUUUGUACUUUGCUCUUUACAGUAACUUUUUUGGAGUACUGAACACUGCAAAGCUUACAUAUCUGUUUAGUAUAAUAACAUGCUAAAUUUUUGGUACCAUUUUUUUUUACUAAAUUCUUUUGGUUUCCAAUUUUGCUGCUCAACAUGCAAAAGACCACGUCCAGAGUAAACAUUUCUCUAUAUGCCAGCAACAGUUAAUUUAAACUGGUAGCAUUUUCAGUGUUUUGCUGUAAUGUGUAAUGCCUGCUCAGUAUUUAUGUACCGACUGGCUUGAUGUGUGAUCUGAAAGCAGUGUUUGCUUUUGAGCAAAGAGAAUAUAGUUCUGAGAAGACUGAUUUUGCUAAAUGAGUCAAAGGUUUGUGCGUGUAGCUUGAAUUUUUUGGUUUGUGCUUAGUGUUUUGAGAAGAUGAGAGGAGACUUUAGGAAAUGCGUUUUAGCAAUUCAGAAAAACUGUAAUAUAAAGGGAAAAUUGUGUAUAACCCCCAUUAUUCUAUUGAGUAGGAUAUUCAAAAAUCAAAUAGUCUAUUGUGGAUACUGUACAAUCCAUUUUAAAGCUUUGGAAUAUGGGUUUUCUUACUGUAUAAAACCAUGUAUCAUAACCAAAUUUUGAGACAGCCUUUUCUGUAUGCUGUAUAUCUUACUUUCCCUGUAACUAUUGUCUUAAUUCUAGUAAUAUUAUUUGUCCAGAUUUUUUUUUUUACAUUUUUGGCAUCUUUUUCUGAGCUUUGCUUAAUUUAUAAUUACAACAUCACUAUCCAAAGAUUCACUGUGGCCUCACGCCUUGCAAGGUUGUGGAUUUCAUGCACGUACUUGGCUCUGCGUACUACCAUUCAAAAGUUUGGGGUCACUUAAAAAUUUCUCAAACACACAUUUAUCCUCUCGCUCAGUUGUGCACUGGGGCUCCCCCUCCUCUUUCAGUCGUGGUUAAGAGCCAGUUUGCGCUGCUCUGAGAAAGGAGUAGUGUUCAGCAUUGUACGAGAUCUUCAUUUUCCUGGCAAUUUAUCGCAUGGAAUAGCUUUCAUCUCUCAGUGCAAGACUAGACUGAGGAGUUUCCGAAGAACGUUCUUUGUUUCUGACCAGUUAAUAAACGGGCUUGCAAUCAAACCCACAAUGGCUGAUGCUGCAGAUACUUACUAAGUCCAAAGAAGGCCAGUUAUAUUGCUUCCUUAAUCAGCGCAGAUUUCAUCUGUGGCAACACAAUUGCAAAAGGGUUUUCUAAUGAUCAAUUAACCUUUUAAAAUUCUAAACUUGCAUUAGCAAACACAACAUUCCACUGGAACACAGGGCUAAUUGUUGCUGAUAACGGACCUCUGUACACCUGUAGAUGUUCAGUUAAAAAUAUAAUGGUCAUUUACAACAUUAACAACGUCCACACAGUAUUUAUGAUCGAUCUGGUGGUUUUAUAAUGGACAAAUAAACUGGCUUUUUUCUCAAAAUCAAGGACCCCAAACCUUUGAACGGUAGUGUACAUGCAGUUUGCGUGAAACGCCGGUCCAAGGUCAUAUUGAUAAGGUGUCUCUUAGCUACCCUUUGUUUGUGACCUGUAAUGGUAUUCUUCCGGAAUAUCUGCCGCCUUGUGCCAUAUGCUUUCUCUCUUAGCUCUUGCUAAACUUUUAUAGAAAAUGGAACGGAAUUCAGCUGACUGCAUGGUUUGCAUUUACUUAAUUAUUCUUAAGAACCACAAUCACCAAUUAAAUAUUGUGUAAUCUUAUAUAAAUAUUAUAAAUAUUAUUCUUAUGCAGAUUACACCACUUUCGUUUAUUUGUUACUGUUAUUAAGCACUUUAAAAAUCAAUUUAAUGAGUCGCUUGAGGACUGAUACGUGCCAGCGGUUAUUUAAUUAUGUGCACUGAGUCAUGUGUGUGAAAUUUUUCUGCUCAUCUGGUACCUUGCACAGCUCUCUAACGUAGUGCUAACAAUGAUUACAGCUUUGCUGUAAAACAUUUAUGACAUAAGAAUGAAAGUGCUACUAAUUUGUGACAACAUGCCAGAUAUUCUAUGUUUUUCACUUUGACUUACUGUAAGGUGACUAACCUUGUCUUUUACAGCAAAUUUUGAUAAAGACUCAGUGUUUGUCUAAUAUGUUACUAAUACAUUGUACAUUAUGAGUAUUUUGGCAACUGUCAUUGUUACAGAAAUUUUAUAAAAUAUCUUUAUUGUCCUGUCUCAGUGGUGCUGCCUCACACUCCCAGGGUUGUGGGUUCACACCCCACCUCUGCUAUCGGUCUGUUGCAUUGCAUUUUCUCCCCAAACUCUGUGUGUUUCCUUUGGGUUAACCGGUUUAUUCCUGGUGUCUAAAUUGCUUACAAAGUAUAAUUGUGUGUGUAUGUGUGUGUCCUGCCAUUCUGUACAGGGUGUACCCAGUCUUGUGACCUGUGUAGUCCAAGAUGGGCUAAUUGAGCUUAAUCAGGAUAAAUGCUUAGAAGAUUGAUUGAUGGAUGGAUCUUUACUUUUCCUCCACUUCUUCUGUUAUACCUGUAAAGCUUUUUUUAAAAACCUUUUUUCUUUCUUUAGACAAGAAAGUGGUUUAUUUUUCUAUAACCACACACCUACAGUGGUUAAUACCAUGAUUGUCUGCCAAACAUAACAGUUGUAUAUUAUAAGAUGUAUAUUAUUAACAUAAAUAUCAAGAAAAUAAAAACAUAUUCUGUAAAGACAAGAAAAAAGAAGCAAAAUUUUGGCUGGCUGGCAUGUAGAAUGUAGCUGCAAAUGAUCAUCACUGGACUCUUGUCAUGAUCAGGGUGUUUUACUUAUUGUGAAACUUAAAGAUGCAUGUUUACGUUACGAUUGUAAAGUGGGAUUGUGAACGAGCCAAAUUCUGGAAGCGGCAAGCUUGUGGAGUUUAGAUUCUCUUCUGUUGCUCGACGGACUUGCAGAUGCUGUUGUUAGGGACUUUUAUGUUUCCAUUUCUCUUAAUGAAUUUGGGUUUUAUUUUAUUAUUUUAAACAUUUCCUAUAGCAUUUGGUAGGUACCUGUAGCUUUUUAGACUGCUGUUCUUAUGGCCAGUGAACUGUCAUCUGAUUUGGUUUUUGCAAAGAUGUUAAGACUUUUAUAUUUCACAAAAAUUUCAGAUGUUUCUUUCCAUAGUUUUAGUUUUGCUUAAUAUUAAUAUGACUAGUGCAGUUUGUUAUAUUGUAAUUUGAUUUUGAUAGAUUGUUACAAGUAACUGUACAUUGGCACAUUUAUAUCAAACUACAAUAGAGUCAUCAAAAUUCUAUCCUACUCCAGUCUGAGCAGUAAAAGUAAAAUGAUUAACAUAUUUAUGGACCAAUCAAGACAAUGAAUAUUUAACAACUACGUGACAUAAAUACAUUACACCUAUUUAAAGCUUUAAAACUAUAUAUUUUGUUAUAUGAAAUAUAAAAUGGAAUUUGUAUGUAGUGAUUAUAAUAUGUUGAAUUAGAUGUCCAAAACAUUUGUUACUGAACAUAUGCAUUGCAUAUUUAAAAAAAAAAACAAUAAAAAUCCUUUAAAUAUCACCAUGCCUGCAGAUUCUUGAGUGCAUGCAUUGAUUACAUUUUACCAGAGUAUAGUAUGUUUUAAUGCACCCUUUGCAUGAUUAGCUUGAGAUUCACUUUGAAAUAGUCAAAUUUGAUGUCUGUAGGCUUAAUCAAUGUAUCAGUUUAAUAUAUCAAUCUGUUUCUUUGCAGAUACUAAAACAGCUACCAAAUGCAAAAAUAAAUAAAACUACUUUGAAGAAUAAAAUAAAAGUACUUGGAAAUAAAAUGCUGGUGUUUUGUUCGAUAUCACUUGUUUGUGGGAAAUGUUGAUCUUAUUUUUUACUUUUAUUGUAAGGUUGGUUGAUGUAUAUGAGGAACACCUAAUACUGUUAUAGAUUUACUUUAAAUGUUUGAAUGCGUAUAUGUUUUUUCCAAAUGAAUAAAGUUUGUUUGAAAAGCA